AUUGAUUCACUUGUUUAUCUCGUUUACCGAAAUUUGAUAUAAAUGUCGAAGUAGACUCAGACGAUGUCAUUAGUGAACAGCAAGCUCAUCCUUUCAGAACAACGUCAGUUUAGUUCAAACAAUCCAAUAGCAUUGCAGGAUGAAGUUCUUCAUAGCCUUCCUAGCCCUGGCUUUCGCGGCUGCUGAAGCAGGAUAUGCUCCGGCUGCGGUUCCCGUUGCCACCUCUGUUUGGCCCGCCUACGGUGUGUAUGGAAAGAGUGCCGUUUCCGCUUGGCCGUACGGCCAUGACGGAUGGAACAGCGGCUGGGGCAACGGCUGGAACAACGCCGCUGGAUGGAACACCUGGAACAAUGGAUGGAACAGCUGGAACAACGAUGACCAUGGAUGGUACGGUUAUCCCUAUGGCGCCGCCGGUGCCUGGUCUCCAGCUCACUAUGGUGGACACAAGACUGUAGUGCAGGCCAACUUGGGAAAGGCGGCGUACCCGUGGGGACUGCCGUGGGGAACCUACGGUGCUGGAGUUCAUGGAUGGACUGGCCACCAUGGUGAAUAUCUGCCGACAACGGUUGUUCCAGUGUCCAAGCAGGUGGCUGUUACUCCUGGAUCAGUUCAUGUGGCUGCGGUACCGGUUGGAGGCGAAAAAGUGGUUGUUGGCAAAACUUGGUAAAUGCGAGGAAUGGAUGAGAGUAAAAUUUAGCUCUGUGAUAAAGAAUUAUGAAAUGUAUUAAAAAUUACUUUAAACCCAAAUGCAUGUUUCAUUUAAUAAGCUGAACAUCAAGUGACCUGGGAAGGAACAGGUAGUGUGGGGCUAAGGCCAUCUUCUACAACAAAAGUAAAAGUCAGGACUACUCUCUCUUCGACUCACUACACACAUUCCCAUGGUCGCCUAAGCCUACGUUUCUCCGGAACCACCAAGAAGGCAUUGCUUCAGAGAGGGGCUAGUUCACAUGACACCCCCAAGGCUAGCUGCGUAGCUUGCAGCAACGAACAUCGAUGACUUGCUUUGGAGAGUCUACCAAGAAAGCAUGCUGAUGCUUAGGCAGUUUCCCGAGUGAUCCUAACCUUUGUCCUCGGAAGGCGGUCAACUCCCACGCCCACGCACAACUGUUUCGCAAGCAUCAAGAACUGAUGCUUACGUGCAACACGAUUUGACCUGCUGAAGGUAAGGGUAUUACUACCCUUCUGGCCCUAUCAGCUACUUAACGCCGU